CUGGUGUCUUAAAUUCUCUGACUUGUCUGUCUAUGUUCUGGUGAUGCUAAGUUUGUUAGGCGUAGACCGGUUAGGAUGCGUGCGGUGUGAUAAAUUUGUUACAUUUGUGUGUAAUCGCACCGUUAACCUAGCGAUUAAGUGCGGUACGGUCGUGGGUAGAUAGGCUGAGCAUGGAGACUGUGCGGCGAGGAGCCCAGUAGGGGGUGCAGGCGCCCGGAUCGUGGGCCGUUCUAGCGGCUAUGGGCGCGCAGCAGGCGAAGGAGCGCGGGGCGCCAAGUGGUGCGUCUGUACGCGCAGCUCGCGGCAAGCCACGGGUGCCUAAAGACCCUCGCGCGCUCGGCUCCAACAUCUUCACUGAACAUAGCGAGGCCCUGCUACAGAGCCGGCCCCUGCCACACAUCCCGGAUCUACCGGAUGGCGGUGGCAGCAGCAGCGGCGACGGCACCGCACACUUACACGGUGUACCACCUGCUCCACAACCUAUAGAUUCUGCUAACAGGUGGACCUCAAAAGAAAAUUUGCUUGCACACGCUGAGGAAGAUGAUCCUCAACUAUUCGUUGCGUUGUACGAUUUCGCAGCCGGCGGCGACAACCAGCUGAGCCUCAAGAAAGGUGAGCAGGUGCGCAUUGUGAGCUACAACAAGAGCGGCGAGUGGUGCGAGGCGCACACGCUGUCGGGCGGCGUAGGUUGGGUGCCCAGUAACUACGUGACGCCAGUCAACUCGCUCGAGAAACACUCGUGGUAUCACGGCCCAAUCUCACGUAAUGCAGCAGAGUACCUGCUCUCUUCGGGGAUCAAUGGGAGCUUCUUGGUGCGCGAGUCCGAGUCGAGUCCCGGGCAGCGCAGCAUUUCUUUGCGCUACGAAGGGCGCGUGUACCAUUAUCGCAUCAAUGAGGACUCGGAUGGCAAGGUGUACGUGACGUCGGAGAGCAAGUUCGGCACGCUAGCUGAGCUAGUGCAUCACCAUUCAAUGCUGGGUGAUGGGCUGAUCACGCAGUUACUAUAUCCAGCACCAAAGCGCGACAAGCCCACCGUAUUCCCGCUCGCACCGCCUGACGAGUGGGAGAUCGACCGCACCGACAUUGUUAUGAAGCACAAGCUCGGAGGCGGGCAGUACGGCGAUGUCUACGAGGCAGUUUGGAAGCGCUGCAACAUCACGGUAGCGGUCAAGACGCUGAAAGAUGACACAAUGGCGCUAAAAGAUUUCCUGGAAGAAGCGGCGAUCAUGAAGGAGAUGCGGCACCCGAACCUCGUCCAGCUGCUGGGCGUGUGCACGCGCGAGCCUCCUUUCUACAUCAUCACAGAGUUCAUGUCGCGCGGGAAUCUACUCGAGUACCUGCGCGCAGGCGCGACUCGCGACCGCGUUGACGCCGUCGCGCUCAUGUACAUGGCCACGCAGAUUGCUGAGGGCAUGAGCUACCUAGAGAGCCGCUCCUUCAUACACAGGGAUCUCGCGGCGCGCAACUGUCUCGUAGGUGAAGGACACCUAGUGAAAGUAGCGGACUUUGGCCUUGCUCGGUUGAUGCGCGACGACACGUACACGGCGCAUGCGGGCGCCAAGUUCCCCAUCAAGUGGACAGCACCCGAGGGGCUCGCUUACAACACCUUCAGUACCAAGUCGGACGUUUGGGCGUUCGGCGUGUUGCUUUGGGAGAUCGCCACCUACGGCAUGUCACCGUACCCCGGCGUCGACCUCGCUGACGUCUACCACAUGCUGGAAAAGGGCUACCGCAUGGAAUGCCCGCCGGGGUGCCCCGCGGCGGUUUACGAGCUGAUGCGCGGCUGCUGGCAGUGGAACCCCGCCGAUCGACCCACCUUCCAACAGAUUCAUCAUGACCUUGAGCACAUGUUCCAGGACCACUCCAUUACCGAAGAAGUGGAGAAACAGCUACAGGAGGGCAGUAGUGGCGGGGGCAGCGGAGGGAGUACGCCGCUUAUGGCGGUGAAAAAGGCAGGCGGCGGUGUGCAGAUGCGCCGCCCCACUAACCGGCGCGGCAAGCAGGCGCCGACACCACCCAAGCGCACCAGCCUGCUGUCUUCGUGCAGUUCUUUCCGCGAGUCGGCGUGUGCGGCCGAAGAGGGCGACACGCCAGCGCACCACCACCUCGCUUCGCUUAACGGUGAGUAA